AACCAGACACGCAAUAAGGUCGCCAACCGACUCAGUGUGUCUGGCAUGGACCUCUUAAUCCAACGUGAACACGACAAGGCCGAACUGUUGCGGAAACCUAAGCGUAUCAACCCUUCAACUGUCCAGGUUGAAGGAAUGCUGGCCAAGCUGCCCGAACAAGGCAUCCACAACAUCAACUUCCAGAACCCCAACAUCCGCAUAGCACCUCCUCUCCCACGCGUUCCAAUGGGCGACUUUAAUCAUAGCACUAAUAACCUCAGCUCUUCUCAACAAUACAUUCAAGGACGUAGUAUUGGUCCCGUAGUAAAUCAUCAUCAGCAUCAGCAUCAGCAUCAUAAUCAGCAGCAUAAUUCAGAACAUCAAAAAGGCCAAGGCCACCGCAUGAAAAACACAGAUGCUCGUCGACGAGCAGAAAUGCUCCGUAACGAAGUAUCCUCCAUCCCUCCCCGACCACUCUCCAGCAUGUCUACUCCCUCAAACCAGCAGCCAAUGAUGGGCCAAUAUAUGCCUAUGGUUGUGAACCCAAUGCAGAUGCCUCUUCAAGUACAGAACCCGAUGGGUAUGGUUUCUAGCCGAAGUCUUGGCAACUCUAGUCGACCCUUGAGCAUGAUGGGUCCCACAUCAGGCGCAUGGGGAAGUACUAUGUUCUAAUAGCAUAUUUCAUUUAGAUACCAUUUUUUACCAUUAAUUAAUUAAAUAAAUAAAAUAAAAUAAAAUAAAUUUAUAUAAAUAUAAAAUAUAAAUAUAAAAGGAAACUGAAUAAAAUCAUAAGCAUCAAUUACAUAUA